ACUGCAACAGUCACCCUGCAAUAUGAAUACACGACAUUGAUCUACAGUGAGUAAACAGCACAACAACAGGAGAUAAUUGGAGAAAAGGGAUAUGUCUGCAGGUUGUGUGAGGUGGAUGCUGAGCCGUACAGUGAGAGCUGUGUGUGGUAGCAGCCGAGGCUACUGGACGCCAACGUCGAGAUUCGCGCCACCCGGUGAAAGAUCUGACCUCGUUGCUUCCUCCUGGAGAUGGUCUCCAUUCUCCACGGCUGCAGACGACACAGAACAGACUCCCACACCGAAGAAGAAAAACAAGCAUGAUCCCAAAGCUCAUGCCACAAUCGGCGCCGUCGGCCGUAAGAUCCCACACCGUGAGAUACAGGUGAUAAGUGAGACGGGCGAGAACCUGGGCACCAUGCACCGUUCAGAUGUGAUCCGAAUCCUGGACGAGCAGGGUCUCAAAUUGGUGCUGCUCAACGAACGCAAAGAUCCCCCCGUCUACCGGCUGAUGAGUGGCAAACAGAUCCACGAAGAGCAGCUGAAACUGCGGGAGAAACAGAAAGCAAAAGCAGCCCCCGUGCAGGUGAAAGAGCUCACCUUUUCAUCCGGCAUCGCAGCGCACGACCUGUCCACCAAGAUGAAACAAGUGGAGAAUUGGCUGGAGAAGAAGAACCAUGUCAGACUCACUCUGCGAUCAGGACGCGGGGGAUCGGCAGUCGACCUGGACACAACUCUGGAGCAGAUAGUGCAGCAAAUGGAGGUGAUGGUCGGAUUCGUUUCCAAGCCGAAAGCCGUACGUGACGGUCAAGCAGCCAUGUGCAUCCUCCGGCCACCUUCAGCAAAGGAACUGUCGCAGAAGAAUAAGGACGCAGCUUCGCAGUCUGACGACUCGACUUCAAGAGCCCCUGAGAGCGAAACACCCGUCCCUCCUGUUAGCAACACAGACACAACAGAGGGGUCUAUACAUGGAAAUAAAACAUUCUCAUAAAAACUAAUCCAAUUCCUUCAUUUCAUUGUGUAUCGUGUUAAGAAUUUAAUAAAGCCUGGUAUGUAAUAAUGACGCAUCCAGCGAAAUGGAAUAACCAUCGGCCCUCUGAAAGUGUCACAGGUGGCAGAGCUACGAUGGUACCAACAUGUUGUGCAACAGCAGAGUGAAGUUUUUAAUGUAUAGCACCCCAUGUUUGAAUACUGCAUUACAGGCUAUAGUGACCUAAACACUGAACUUUAUUUGAUAAGUGCGGGUUUCAUUCUUAAAAACAUACUCCUGGGUUGGUCCUCUCCACUAAAAGAUGAAGCAGUAGGUUUCUCAAAUCAUUCAGCUUUUUCCUUUUGAAGGUGCAGCGUGUAGGAUUUGGCGGCAUCUAGCAGUGAGGUUGCAGAUUGCAACCAACUGAAACUCGUCCCAUGUGCCGAGCGUGUAGGAAGCCCUGUCUAGAGCCAGUGUUUGGUUUGUCCGUUCUGGGCUACUGUAGAAACACGGCAGCCGGUUCAUUCUAAGGUAACGAUUCUGUAUUUCAGGUUAUUAUACACUAAAGGAAACAUACUUAUUAUAUUCUCAUUUCUGCCAAUAGAGCCCCCUAAAUGCUACACACUGGCCCUUUAACUCAUCCUGUCUGUAAAUGUAACCUGAAUGUACCAGAUGUUUGUUAUUAGAUGGGGCUUGAGUCUUCACAUGUGACAUUGAGAACAGACUUUUGUACCCAAAAUGUGAUGAGUACAUGUUUUAGCUUUUUACCCACAAACAUACACCGAUGAACAGGUUGACACCACAGGAUAAGUGGAAUCCAUUGAUUUUUGUUCACCUACUUGUGACAAUUCAGACGAGCUAAAGGAGGAUGAUGAUGAUGAUCCGCUAAUAAAAGUUGAAGCAUUUGGAAGACCGUCCCCGUUGAAGUGAAAUUGUUUUUUAAAAUAUGGGAUGAAGAUACCAAACCGACACAAACGCUUAUCUUUCUCUUCUUUAUUUGAGAUUCAUCUUUAUGUUUUUGGUAAAAAAAAGAAAAGAAAAAAGUUAAAUAAAAG